CACUCUAAAGAAGAGAGAGAGAGAGAGAGAGAGAGAGAGAGAGAGAGAGAGAGAGAGAGAGAGAGAGAGAGAGAGAGAGAGAGAGAGAGUGGAGUGGGGCUGUAAAAUUAAACUAGCCUUUAUAUAUGUCACUAGCUCUAACAAAAACAUCAAUCAAUCAGUCAAUCAAAGGGUGAUCAUCACCUGCAUCCACUCACAUGUUCUUUUCAUCCAGGAGAUCGACAACAUCAUCAAAAUCAGCCGAUCCAGAAGAAAAGCAGCCAACCAACCAAGCACCCAACAAGAAAGCAUCAAAUGUCAAUGUCGACUAUGUCCGCCGCCGCAGCUCCAACCUUAUCCUUAGACCAUCAACACCAGCAGCUCCCUCCUCCUUCAUCUAACUCGGAGCAGCUCUGCUACGUCCACUGCAACAUUUGUGACACCGUCCUCGCCGUGAGCGUUCCUAGCGCGAGUUUGUUCAAAACGGUGACGGUUCGUUGCGGCCACUGCACCCACCUCCUCCCGGUCAACAUGCGCGCCCUCGUCCAGCUCCCGCCGCCGCUGCCGCCGCCUACUUCUCCCUUCAACUUCCCCCACCACUUGCCCUUCUUCUCCCCUCACAACAACUUCCUUCUGGAUGAGAUCCAAAGCCCAGCUGGUGCUGGCGCCACUCCACCGCCGGGGAACUUGUUGAUGUUCAACCAACACCAGCUGAAUUCACCAGCUAACAAUAACAAUGACUACUUCGGCUUCAAUACUUCAGCUCGAGGAGGCGGAGGAGGAUUGCAGGUCUCGCCGGAUGAGCUCGCAAGGCCGCCGCCGCCAAUGGUUGUUAACAGACCUCCUGAGAAGAGACAGAGAGUCCCCUCUGCCUACAACCGAUUCAUCAAGGAGGAGAUCCAGCGGAUCAAGGCUGAGAACCCUGAUAUCACUCACAGAGAAGCUUUCAGUGCUGCUGCUAAGAAUUGGGCCCACUUCCCCCACAUUCACUUUGGUCUGAUGCCAGAUCAUCAGCCCUUGAAGAAGACGACCAACACUACACUCCUCCACCACCCUCAGGAGGCGGAAGAUCAUCAUCAGCAUCAUCAUCUUCUAAUGAAGGAUGGGUUCUUCGGUUCAGCUAAUGUCGGCCUCGCUGGUGCUCCUAAUCACUGAUGAUCUACUCAAGAAUGAAUGAAUUAAUGGCCGCCGACGAUCUGCUUAAUGUCUACUCUCUUUUUUUUCUGUUUUGUUUGUCUACCAAACAACAAGGGGAAGCUUAAGAUAAGAUCGUAUGGUACUUUAUCUUUAAGUAACGAUCGAGAAGCUACAUGCAUGCAUGUAAUGUUAACUGGAUGCAAAUGAAUCGGAGGAGUUUAACCAAACUCGAUCUGCGUACUCUUUCUACAUGUAAUAAUGUGGUGCUUUUUUCAAUUGAUUUUUGUUGGUCGGAGGGAGGGAGUCAUGAACUCAUGAUUAUGCGGUAGUGUUUCACUUUCAAAACAUGGUCACAAAGGCUUUUGAAGAAAAGUAACUUGAAGGA